AUGACGAACGGUCUCAAGGCCCUGGGCAUCGUCAUCGUGCGUCGAGUCGCCACCGACCCGGAGACGGGCCGGAACUGCGUCGUCAACGAAUUCACGGACGAUUGGACCGCGCCCGGCGCGAUGGCGGACUCGAUGUCGGAAAUCAUGCUCCGGGAUACGGGCGGUUUCAUCUGGAACUCCCACCUCCUCCGCUUCACCUGGUCCGAGAAGAUCACGUCGCUGGAGAACAGCUCGCGCGCGCUCGCGCGGCUCGCGCUCCUGUCCGCCAAGGACCGCGGCGCGCCGCGCGAGGACGCGCCCAAGGCCAUGCACGUCGUGCACCGCCUCGCCGCGUCCGGCCACGCGACGACCAUCAGCUCCGUGCUCGCGUUCUUCAAGGGCGAGGAGAAGCCGUGGUUCUACGGCGGCAUGGACAAGAUCUUCGAGGCGUCGCGCGCGGCGGAGGGGCGCACGGAGUCCGACGACUUCGACGAGCAGUCGGACGAGACCGACGAAGACGAGCGCGCCGUGCCCGCGCGCGCGGACCUCCGCGGCAUGAAGAUCAAGGAGCUCAAGGCCCUCGUCGAGCGCGGCGGCCUGAGCCACGCGGAUUGCCUCGACAAGGACGCCCUCGUCGAGCGCGCGGCGGCGGCCGUCGCGCGCCUCGGCGGCGCGGGAGAAGCGUCGGAUGAGUCCGAGGAGCUGUCGGUCGACUAG